UUCAUGAAUUCCACCACCAUCCUUCCACCGGAGACCCACAUCGCCGACGAUUUCACCGGAAACCGCUGCCGCAUAUCAUUAUCCUCCGAUGGCUACUCUCCAAACCAAACCAACGUCCCCUUUCUCCUCCAGCCCUCAUACUCCCACAUAUCAUCAUCAAAAUCCGACGAGCUCCGCCACUUCGGAAUCUCCCUCAAAUGGUGCCUCCUAGACCACUCCUCCACCACCGGCCGGCUCGUAUCCUACCUCGCCUUCGCCUUUCUCACCAUCAUCGUCCCCGCGGCCGCCUCCAUCGCCUUCCGUGACCCCGCCGCCGACCCCAUCCGCUUCAACAAGCUCGUCCAGCUCCCCGAGUCGGGCCUCGCCGCCAUCGGCUUUCUCCUCCUCGCUCGCUUCUUCAGCCGCUACAGACUCCGGCAGCUCCUCUUCCUCGACGCCCUCCGCGACGACUCCCUCUUCGUCCGCCGCCGCUACGCCGCCGAGCUCGACAAGGCCUUCCGCCGCCUCUCCCUCAUCCUCUUCCCGGCCUUCUUCGUCGAGCUCGCCCACAAGAUCAUCUUCUUCUCCUCCGUCACCCUCUCCCUGCCCUUCCUCCCCCCAAACGGCGUCGUUCCAGUCAACUCUAUCCUCUUCUUGCUUGUCCUCGCAUCGUGGGUUUAUCGGAGCGGCGUUUUCUUGCUGGUUUGCGUCAUGUUUAGGCUGACUUGUGAGCUCCAGAUUCUUCGGUUCGAAGGGUUUCAGAAGAUGUUCGAAGGGGUCGAGUCGAACUGUGAGAUGAUGUUUAAAGAACACGUGAGGAUUAGGAAACAGUUGUGGGUUACGAGUCAUAGGUAUAGGUUUUUCAUUAUUGGAUGUUUGGUGGUUAUUACUGUUAGUCAGUUUGGAGCUCUUUUGCUGGUUUUUGCCUCCAAGACCGAGAAGAACUUCCUAAAUUCCGGUGAUCUUGUGGUAUGUUCGGUGGUGGAGAUUAGUGGGUUCUUCUUGUGUCUAGUUGGGGCAGCAAGAAUCACACACAGAGCCCAAAGAAUCGUGUCCAUUGCAACAAGGUGGCACAUGCUAGUGACUUGUGCAUCUGCUGGGCCAGACCAAUCCAAAGCCCAUAUUCAUGACGCUAACAAUGACCAAUGCUGUGGCGAUAUCAGUGAUUCUGACUCGGACAAUUUUAUUUCGGCUUCACCACAGGAUCCUUCCUCCUUCCAAACUAGGCAAGCCUUAGUGGCCUAUUUACAACACAAUAAUGGAGGGAUCACCCUUUUCGGGUUUGCGCUGGAUCGCGGACUGCUUCACACACUAUUUGCCUUUGAGUUCUCUCUUGUUUUGUGGAUUCUUAGUAAAGUGGUGGUUUUGUCUUGAGCAGUUGCUGAAUCCGUCUUUGUGUGAGGUCAUAUCCAUUCAUGAAUAUUAGAAAUUAGAAUGGCUAGCCAGCUGGAAAAAUGAUAUUCAUGGUGCUAAAUAGCUUGUUGUAUACAUAUCUAAGAAUUUUCAGGCCAAUAUUUUGCUACUUACAUUGUGAAAAGAG